CCUGGAGAUUGUUGUUUGACCUAUGUGUAUAAAUAUGACCCUUCUUCCUGACGUUGUACCACACUUGAUCUGUGUCUGCUUGAUCAUUCUACAGAGAUCUCCUUCUGCUGCUGCCACACAUCACAGCGGUUGAGGUAAACCUGCAGUUUUCAUCCUUGAACACCAUGAGGAGAGUUGCUCUGUUUCUGCUACUGGCGGGACUGCUGGCCAGUGGACAAGGCUGGCUUAACAACUAUGAUGAGCCUUUAAGUUAUCAUUGCCGUCCAGGCCAGUCUAUAUCAUCCAUAAAGAGCAUGCACCACAAUUAUUAUGAGGAUCGUCAGUGGGAUUUGGGCUGUAAAGACUCAUCCAUCAGCACAGAAUGUUUCUUAUCACAUUACGUCAAUAACUUUGACCAAGAAUUCACAUUCCAGUGUCCAACAAACUACGUGAUUGCUGGAAUGCACAGCUUCCACCACAACUACUAUGAGGACAGACGGUGGCAGUUUUACUGCUGUAAAAGUAAGUGUGAGGUCAGCUCAAACUGUCAGUGGACUUCAUACGUGAACGAUUUUGAUGAGACCUUCCACUGGUAUGUUCCUUACCAUCAAGUUCUGGUGGGCGCUGGAAGCUACCAUCAUAAUUAUUAUGUGAAGAUCGGCGAUGGAGGUACAAGUACUGUGUGCAAAAAUCAUGUUGACAAGACUCGGUAUACUCUCAUAGUUGAGUGAACCUUGAUAUUAAAAAGGUGAAAAAAGGA